AUGGCCAAGAACAAGAGCGUUGACGCGGCGAGCGAUGAGACCAAGAAGACGACGAGUAAGGCCACGGAUGUGGUCGCAGACGUCGUUCAUAAGGUUGAACACGCGGUUGAGGACGCUGGAUCGAAGGUGAAGCACGCUGGUGAGGCUUUGGUCGGUCGCGUCGACAGCGCGAUGCACCACGGACGAGAAAAGGCGAAGGACGCCGCGGACGUCAACGGCGACGGCGUCGUAAACUCGGAGGACGUCAAAGCGGCCGGAGAGAAGUGUACAAAGAAGUGUUCCAUUCAGUGA